CUAGUCUAACUAAUAGUAUCCAUUGCAGCAAUCUCCAUUCCUCUGACACCGUCCUGAAACAAGCAACAUUAUCGACUUGGGCUGAUCGGAUCUGUCUAGUUCAUUCCAGCUUGGCCAUUUGAUCCACUUGCCCCAGCCACCUUUCCGCCUCUUAUUGGCCCUGUUCGGCUAUAAUAGACACUGACUUCAUAGCCCUUCUUGCCUGGUGCAGCCAACUCAUCAAUCGGACUCCUCCCCUUCUCUCGUCCAAAUAUUCUCCUGUUGUUUAUGAUUCCUCAACAACAGAAAUCUCCAUGGCCAGUAUGAUGCAUAGGCCUCAAUUCCAAAAGUCCAAGGAUGGCCAACGAAAGUUCUCCCCUCCUGGACCGACUUAUAUGUCCGAUGACCAAGUUGCGACCUAUUUGAAAGAUCUGCGGACUAAUCGUCCUACACGUCCUGGUGGAUCCAGACCGCUGCCUGCAAGAUCUGCUGCAGCUCCUACUAAUCCCCAUGACGACCUACCUCCACGAGCGGCAUCUGCGAUGUCAUCUUAUGGUUCCAUGAGGAUGCAGUCUAGUCCACCCACCACGGAAGCCAGAUUCCCCCGGGCCACCAGCUCACUGUCUAACCAUAGACCUGCCUCUUCUUUGGGAGGUCCUACCGGGCGCCCAUUAGUUCAGGAACCGAGAACUGUUCCGAUUAGGCAGACUGUAUCUCCAGCGCGAGCCUUCUCUCGCGUGGAACAGAUUCCCACGCGACCUACAUAUCGUCAAAAUCCCCAAAGACGCAUAGAGAAAGAAGAGGCACGGUCGUUGCGUGAUGCAUUACAGGGAAUGGAUCUCAAUGACGAACUUGAUCUGCACGCCGCCGCUCAAGAUGAGGCUACUGAACUGGUCUGGAUGCAUCAACAUCCGGGCCUACCGUAUAAGAAUCCAUAUGCGCCUUAUCAUAACCCCGACCUGCAAGAUCUUCAACAAAGUCCGCCAAGAAGUGGCUUCGCUUCUCAAAAUGGCGGUCCUAGCUCCCCAACGGCCCGCAGGGAUAGUCGUCGACUUGUCUUCCAGGGGUCGACAGUCAGUAAUAGUGGGACGAGCGGCUCCCGGGGAAUCGAUAGAAAGUCCACAUUUGAUAAAGAAACGCAGCCAAUAUGGGAAGAAGGAACAAGCCCGCCGCAAAGCCCGGCCAAGGGAGGAAGCCUGCGAAGGGGCAUGAAAGUCGACUUUGCACUCCCUCGAGAGGGUGAGACGUCAGUGAACUCAAGCGAUACUCAUGGGCUAGGCCAGGCAAAUGCCAGACACGAAACUUCGAAAGGCAUCUUCAGAAAUCCCAAUGACCAAAUCUACGAAGAGCCUCAUCUUUCUCCCAAGAAGGAUGAAGGUGCUCGCUCGAUUUUCUCUAGGUCAGACUCAUCUGCUUUAAGGAGCAAACCUCGGAAUGCCCUUCCUCGCGGAUCCCGCCCUUUACCCGGUCGCUUUGGUAGUCUCUCCUUCGUUGAUAAGCUCUCUCGCUUCGAGAUCCACAAGAAUCCUCCAAGUCAAAUGAGGAACCUUGAGUAUACUACGAACGAGCCUCACUCCCAAGAAGCGCCGCGUGCAACUGAGACAGAACAGCAGCCCGUGCCGAUGAAAGAUGGCCUUGAAAUCCGAAGUGAAGAGCUUCGAGCCGCGACGAGCAAGAAGCUCAGAGACCGCAGCACGAGGCUCCCAAUGCCCACCGCAGUAAGCGAUCGUGCUGGUCGACCUAUCGUGAGCUUCGAUCCCAAGUGGAAACCCACCGAGGCACCAGAUCCUCCUAAACGCGACAAAGGCUGGGACGCUGCGCCUCAACCGCCACCUCCAGCUCCCACGAUUGAAGUGUCCGAAGCACCGUCCGUACCGGUCAUUAAUCUGCCGGAUGAUAAGGAGCCUACCCUCUCCGAAAUUUCCAAUUCUCAUCGAAGCUCUACAAUAGCCGUCAAACCAUCAACGUCUCCGCUUAAGAGCGACGCAGCCCCUAAACGGCCCCUUCCCAAGAUCGCCGCGGCCUCACCCAGUCGUUGGUUGUCGGCUUAUACACGCUCUGGGGUUCCCACGGCAAAAUGCGAAAGCUGUUCUCUCCCGAUUGCUGGAAAGAUCGUGACUGCUGCUGGUACCCGAUUCCAUCCGGAAUGUUUUGUGUGCCAUCAUUGUCAAACAGCUCUUGAAUGCGUGGCGUUCUACCAAGAGCCCGAUGCGAAAAGAGCCGAGCGACUAGCCGAAUCACCGGCCGACGACGAGGAGGCUCAUGCAUUGAGAUUCUAUUGCCACCUUGACUUCCACGAGUUGUUCAGCCCAAGGUGUAAGAGCUGUAAGACUCCGAUUGAGGGGGAAGUGGUUGUGGCGUGCGGAGCCGAGUGGCAUGUCGGCCAUUUCUUCUGUGCUGAAUGUGGUGAUCCCUUCAGCUCAGAGAAGCCAUUCGUGGAAAAGGACGGUUUUGCAUGGUGCUUGCAAUGCCAUUCCCGACGUACCGCCCCUCGCUGCCUGGGCUGCAAAAAGCCUGUCCUGGACGACGUGGUGAUCUCUGCUAUUGGGGGACAGUGGCAUGAUCAAUGCUUCGUCUGUCACGAGUGCGGCGAUGGGUUCGGCCCGGACGGUCGGUACUUUGUCCGCGAGGGCGAGCCCAAGCGCACGGCCAAGGGUCGUAUCAUCGGAGGACCGGUCCAGCUCGCCGUGUGUGAGCGAUGCGAGGGCAUUCGACUGAAAGCGUCUCCUUGAGAUAUUGGCAAUCAAGCCAGCGUGGGAAUCCUGGUUUGAUUCCUCGCUAGACGCGCUACAUUCUGCUUUUGCUGAGGUGGAUGGGAGCCGGGGUCUCCAUAAGCUACCUCGCAGUGCUGUCCAUUGAAUGAGACACAACUGCUGAUUAUCCGGGCCUAGCGCCACCUUGCUCAUUUUUGACUAUAAUCGUUGCUCACAUUGUCGCCGUCUCGAACUAUAAAUCCACCAUGUCGAUUGCAUAGCAGUGAGCGGGAGUUUAGCACGCAGUAUGUUCGGGAUGCUGUAUGAGCGUGAGAAUGAUGUUAUUUGAUAUUUGUGUGACGGCCGUGCUCCUUUGAAUCUGGAUUUUGCGCAUUUUGUUUCGAGCUCCUCAAGUCUUAUUCCAAUCUUACAACCUUUAUUCUCUUUGAAAGGGCCAGUCCAGUUUCCAGACUAGACCAAAGACCUGGCAACUUCUCACUACAGAUAGCUACAGGGUCAGUCUUA